AUGGCGCUGAGGGUGCUCAGCGCGCCCGACAUGGACUGGGAGAAGCUGAGCCGGCGGCCCGGGCUCUCCCUGCGGGUGGACCGUCUGGACGAGGGUGACGGGGAGCCUCCGGCCACCUGGCAGGGCUGUGGGCGCCUCCGGCCCUCCUCGUACCGGGCCCUGCGCAGCGCUGUCUCCACCCUGGCCCGCAUCGACGACUUCUACUGCGAGAAGAUCGGAGCCGGCUUCUUCUCCGAGGUCUUCAAGGUGCGGCACCGCCAGUCCGGCCAGAUCAUGGUGCUGAAGAUGAACAAGCUGAUGAGUAACCGGGGGAACAUGCUGCGGGAGGUGCAGCUCAUGAACCGCCUCUCGCACCCCAACAUCCUCCGGUUCAUGGGGGUCUGUGUGCACCAGGGGCAGCUGCACGCACUCACCGAGUACAUCAACGGCGGGAACCUGGAGCAGCUGCUGGACAGCCCAGUGCCGCUCUCCUGGGCCGUGCGCGUCCGGCUGGCCCUGGACAUCGCCCGCGGCCUGCGCUACCUGCACUCCAAGGGCAUCUUCCACCGUGACCUCACCUCCAAGAACUGCCUGGUGAAGAGCGAGGACAACGGCUACACGGCCGUGGUGGGCGACUUCGGCCUGGCGGAGAAGAUUCCCACCUACAGCGAGGACGCUCAGAAGGAGCCGCUGGCCGUGGUGGGCUCGCCGUACUGGAUGGCCCCGGAGGUGCUGCGUGGGGAGCUGUACAACGAGAAGGCCGACGUCUUUGCCUACGGCAUCAUCCUGUGCGAGAGCAUCGCGCGGGUCCCUGCCGAUCCGGACUACCUGCCCCGCACUGAGGAUUUUGGGCUGGACGUCGCUGCUUUCUGCAACAUGGUGGGAGACGACUGCCCUGCGGCCUUUCUCCAGCUGGCCUUCCACUGCUGCAGGAUGGAGCCGACGACCCGACCCGCCUUCGUGGAGAUCACGCAGCGCCUGCAGGGCAUCCUGGAGCACCAGCUGGGAGCGGGGGGCACCGGCGCUGACCGGCAGAGCAAUGGGGAGAGUGUGCCCUCGCCCGGGACCCCGGCCACGCUGAACGGCGAGGCAGCGAGCGAGCCCGCGCUCCCUGAGCAGCCACCACCGCGUGAUCUGAGCUGGCCGCACCUCCAGCCCGACCCCCGCCUCGCCCGCAGCCGCUCGGACAUGUUCCCGCCCAGGUCCCCGGCCCUGCUGCCGCCCCGGGAGCCCGCCGCGGGAGCCCGCCCCAAGGAGCUGCCGCCGCGUCUCAACCCCUUCUCCCAGCGCGAGGACCUGAAGGGCGGGAAGAUCAAGCUCUUUGACACGCCCAGCAAGUCGGUCAUCUCGCUGACCUUCGCCCUGCCGCCGCCCGCCCCCUACCAGCUGGGCACGCCCAUCACGCCCGAGCCCGUGGUGGAGGCGCAGUGCGACUUCUCCGCCCCCCUGGUGCUGACACGCAAGUGCUGCUCGCUGCCCGCGUCCCCUGAGCCGGCCCGCCGCGGGAGCCUGGCGCUGGGGGGGGAGCCGGCCCGCGCCUGCUGCCAGGAGGGCCCCCAGCCUCACAGCCCCUUCCCCGCUCAGAGCUGGGGGGCGGCGGGGGAGGUGGCAGGGCGCUCGCCCCUCCCCAGCCCCCCCGCGGUGGAGCAGAUGGACUGCAGCCCCGACAGCCCCGAGCCGGCACCGGCGCCUGCCCCGCCGCUCACCAACAGCACCUUCAUCAGCACCUCGGCGUCGGGCGCCCAGCCCUGGCCGCCGGGGCCCCCCAACAGCCUGCCCCUCAACAACAACAGCGUGGUGGUGAGUGCCCCGCCCGGCUGGGGCCACGGCCUGGAGCGCGGCUUCUCGGAGCUCAGCAUCCCCCGCAUGGGGGCCUUGGAGAGGACAGAGCACUCGGGCGCGCUGCCCCGGCACGCCUCCAGCGCCGGGCGGGAGCAGGACGAGGUGCUGGCCUGCCCCGGCUGUUGCCUGGGCCCCUUCAGCUUCAGCUUUGCCUCUGUCUGCCAUCGGCCCGCGCCCAGCCCGCCCCGCUACCAGCACCUCACCUGCGAGUCCAAGAGCCUCCUCUGCCAGGACAAGCGCCCGCCCGAGCCCAGCCUCAAGCUGCCGGAGGCGCAGUCCUAG